AUGGCCUUAUCUUUUUAUAACUACGACGCCAGAGGAGCAGAUGAGCUUUCUCUACAAAUAGGUGACACGGUGCACAUCUUGGAAACGUAUGAAGGGUGGUACAGAGGCUACACCUUAAGAAAAAAGUCUAAGAAGGGUAUAUUUCCUGCUUCAUAUAUUCAUCUUAAAGAAGCAAUCGUUGAAGGAAAAGGGCAACAUGAAACGGUCAUUCCAAGUGACCUCCCGCUCAUCCAAGAAGUCACCACGACGCUCCGGGAGUGGGCGGCCAUCUGGCGGCAGCUCUACGUGCAAGACAAUCGGGAGAUGUUCCGAAGUGUACGGCACAUGAUCUACGACCUCAUUGAGUGGAGAUCACAGAUUCUUUCUGGAACUCUGCCCCAGGAUGAGCUCAAAGAGCUCAAGAAGAAGGUGACAGCCAAAAUUGACUAUGGAAACAGAAUUCUUGAUUUGGAUCUGGUGGUGAGGGAUGAAGAUGGGAACAUUUUGGAUCCAGAGCUAACUAGCACAAUUAGUCUCUUCAGAGCCCACGAAAUAGCAUCUAAGCAAGUGGAGGAAAGAUUACAAGAAGAGAAGUCUCAGAAGCAGAACAUAGACAUUAACAGACAAGCCAAGUUUGCUGCCACCCCGUCUUUUGCCUUGUUCGUCAACCUCAAAAAUGUGGUUUGUAAAAUUGGAGAAGAUGCUGAAGUGCUCAUGUCUCUGUAUGACCCUGUGGAGUCCAAGUUCAUCAGUGAAAACUACCUGGUUCGCUGGUCAAGUUCAGGAUUACCGAAAGACAUAGACAGGCUGCAUAAUCUGCGGGCUGUUUUUACGGACCUUGGAAGCAAAGAUCUGAAAAGGGAGAAGAUCAGCUUCGUGUGUCAGAUCGUCCGUGUCGGGCGCAUGGAGCUGCGGGACAACAACACCCGGAAGCUGACCUCUGGCCUGCGGCGGCCUUUCGGAGCGGCCGUGAUGGAUGUGACGGAUAUAAUCAGUGGAAGAGUAGAUGACGAGGACAAACAACACUUCAUUCCCUUUCAGCCGCUCGCGUUGGACGACGCCAUCCGACACAAGCCGCUGAACAUGUCAUCCCGUUUUUCACCCAGGGUGGCAGGGGAGAAUGACUUCCUUCAGACUGUUAUAAACAAAGUGAUUGCUGCUAAAGAAGUCAACCACAAGGGGCAGGGUUUGUGGGUGACAUUGAAACUGCUUCCUGGAGACAUCCAUCAGAUUCGUAAAGAGUUCCCUCACUUGGUGGACAGGACCACAGCUGUGGCCCGAAAGACGGGCUUCCCUGAGAUCAUCAUGCCUGGUGAUGUUCGAAAUGAUAUCUACGUAACGUUAGUUCAAGGAGAUUUUGAUAAAGGAAGUAAAACGACGGCCAAGAAUGUUGAGGUUACACUGUCUGUUUAUGAUGAAGAUGGAAAACGAUUGGAGCACGUGAUCUUCCCGGGCGCCGGCGAUGAGGCGAUUUCUGAGUACAAGUCUGUGAUAUACUACCAAGUGAAGCAGCCGCGCUGGUUUGAGACUGUGAAGGUGGCCAUUCCCAUUGAAGACGUCAACCGCAGUCACCUGCGGUUUACCUUCAGACACAGGUCAUCGCAGGACUCCAAGGACAAAUCUGAGAAAAUAUUUGCACUUGCAUUUGUGAAGCUGAUGAGAUAUGAUGGGACCACUCUGAGAGACGGGGAGCAUGAUCUUAUUGUUUAUAAGGCUGAAGCGAAAAAGCUGGAAGAUGCCUCGACGUACCUGAGUCUGCCUUCCACGAAAGCUGAACUAGAGGAGAAGGGGCACGCGGCGACGGGCAAGGGCAUGCAGAGCCUCGGAAGCUGCACCAUCAGCAAAGAUUCCUUCCAGAUUUCAACACUCGUGUGCUCCACCAAGCUUACUCAGAACGUCGACCUUCUGGGGCUCUUGAAAUGGCGUUCGAACACGAACCUGCUGCAGCAGAACUUGAGGCAGCUGAUGAAAGUGGAUGGUGGUGAAGUGGUUAAGUUUCUGCAGGAUACCCUGGAUGCCCUCUUCAACAUCAUGAUGGAGAACUCAGAGAGCGAGACUUUUGAUACACUGGUGUUUGAUGCUCUGGUAUUUAUCAUUGGACUGAUUGCUGAUAGGAAGUUUCAGCAUUUUAAUCCUGUCUUGGAAACCUACAUUAAGAAACACUUUAGUGCAACAUUAGCCUACACGAAGCUGACAAAAGUGUUGAGGAAUUACGUGGACAAUGCUGAGAAGCCGGGCAUCAAUGAGCAGCUGUACAAGGCGAUGAAAGCCCUGGAAUACAUCUUCAAGUUCAUUGUUCGCUCCCGCAUCCUGUUCAAUCAACUGUAUGAAAACAAAGGUGAAGCCGACUUCAUGGAGUCCUUGCUGCAGCUGUUCCGGUCCAUCAGCGACAUGAUGAGCAGCGUGUCGGAUCAGACAGUGAGAGUGAAGGGGGCAGCACUGAAAUACCUGCCCACGAUCGUCAAUGAUGUGAAAUUGGUAUUUGAUCCCAAAGAGCUCAGCAAAAUGUUUACGGAAUUCAUCCUCAAUGUUCCCACGGGUUUGCUGACCAUUCAGAAGCUGUACUGCUUGAUUGAAAUCAUCCACAGCGACCUCUUCACACAGCACGACUGCCGCGAGAUCCUGCUUCCCAUGAUGACAGAUCAGCUCAAGUAUCAUCUGGAGAGGCAGGAAGACCUGGAGGCCUGCUGCCAGCUGCUCAGCAACAUCCUGGAGGUGCUGUACCGGAAGGAUGUGGGCCCCACACAGCGCCAUGUCCAGGUCAUCAUGGAGAAACUUCUCCGAACAGUGAACCGAACUGUCAUUUCCAUGGGACGGGAUUCCGAGCUCAUCGGAAGCUUCGUGGCUUGUAUGACAGCUAUUCUGCGACAAAUGGAAGACUAUCAUUAUGCCCACUUGAUCAAGACUUUUGGGAAAAUGAGGACGGAUGUUGUGGAUUAUCUCAUGCAAAGGCCAUAUUUGCACGCCAAAGUCCUAAUUGGUAAAAAUGUUUAUGUCUUUAUCUGGAGCCUGGUGUCAACAUACAAAAAUCAAGUCUUCCUGCGUGCAAUCAAUCAGUAUGCAGAUAUGCUGAACAAGAAGUUCCUGGAUCAAGCCAACUUUGAGCUACAGCUGUGGAACAACUACUUUCACCUGGCCGUUGCAUUCCUUACCCAAGAGUCCUUGCAGCUGGAGAAUUUUUCAAGCGCUAAGCGAGCCAAGAUUCUUAACAAACCGCAGCAGCGGGCCCCAUCCGCGUCAGCAGCUGCAGACCACAGCAGCAGCGGGCCCCAUCCGCGUCAACAGCUGCAGACCACAGCAGCGGGCUCCAUCCGCGUCAACAGCUGCAGACCGCAGCAGCGGGCCCCAUCCGCGUCAACAGCUCCAGACCACAGCAGCGGGCCCCAUCCGCGUCAGCAGCUGCAGACCGCAGCAGCGGGUCCCAUCAGUGUCAACAGCUCCAGACCACAGCAGCGGGCUCCACAGGACUUUCACUGGCUAAUUUUUGGAAGUCAACACAAGAUAAAGUUCAUUCCAGAAAUGGUCGGCCCGAUCCUGGAAAUGACACUGAUUCCUGAGACAGAACUGCGGAAGGCCACGAUCCCCAUCUUCUUUGACAUGAUGCAGUGUGAAUUCCAUUCGACUCGAAGCUUCCAAAUGUUUGAAAAUGAGAUCAUCACCAAACUGGAUCAUGAAGUGGAAGGAGGCAGAGGAGAUGAGCAGUACAAAGUGUUAUUUGAUAAAAUCCUCUUGGAGCACUGCAGGAAGCAUAAAUACCUCGCCAAGACGGGAGAAACUUUUGUCAAACUUGUUGUGCGUCUGAUGGAAAGACUUUUGGAUUACAGAACUAUUAUGCAUGACGAGAACAAAGAAAACCGCAUGAGCUGUACUGUCAAUGUGCUGAAUUUCUACAAAGAAAUUGAGAGAGAAGAAAUGUACAUAAGGUAUUUGUACAAGCUGUGUGACCUGCACAAAGAGUGUGACAACUACACCGAAGCAGCUUAUACUUUGCUUCUCCACGCAAAGCUUCUUAAGUGGUCGGAGGAUGUGUGUGCUGCCCACCUCACCCAGCGGGACGGCUACCAGGCGACCACACAGGGACAGUUGAAGGAGCAGCUAUACCAGGAGAUCAUCCACUACUUCGACAGAGGCAAGAUGUGGGAGGAGGCCAUCGCCCUGGGUAAGGAGCUUGCUGAGCAGUAUGAGACGGAAAUGUUUGAUUACGAGCAACUCAGUGAGCUGCUGAAAAAACAGGCGCAGUUUUAUGAAAACAUUGUCAAGGUGAUCCGGCCCAAGCCUGACUAUUUUGCCGUCGGCUACUAUGGACAAGGAUUCCCCACGUUCCUUCGGGGCAAAGUUUUCAUUUACCGAGGGAAAGAGUACGAACGCCGGGAAGAUUUCGAAGCACGGCUGUUAACUCAGUUUCCCAAUGCUGAGAAAAUGAAGACAACGUCUCCACCAGGCGACGACAUUAAAAAUUCUGCUGGCCAGUACAUCCAGUGCUUCACAGUAAAACCCAAACUUGACUUGCCCCCUAAAUUUCACAGGCCAGUUUCGGAGCAAAUUGUCAGUUUUUACCGGGUGAACGAAGUGCAGCGAUUUGAAUAUUCUCGGCCAGUCCGGAAAGGAGAAAAGAACCCAGACAAUGAAUUUGCGAAUAUGUGGAUCGAGAGAACCAUAUACAUGACCGCGUAUAAACUGCCAGGGAUUUUACGGUGGUUCGAGGUCAAAUCCGUCUUCAUGGUGGAAAUCAGUCCCCUGGAGAACGCCAUCGAGACUAUGCAGCUGACCAACGACAAGAUCCACAGCAUGGUGCAGCAGCACCUGGACGACCCGAGCCUGCCCAUCAACCCGCUGUCCAUGCUCCUGAAUGGCAUCGUGGACCCUGCUGUCAUGGGCGGCUUCGCCAACUACGAAAAGGCCUUCUUCACAGAACGCUACCUUCAGGAGCACCCAGAGGCCCAUGAGAAGAUAGAGAAGCUCAAGGACCUGAUUGCUUGGCAGAUCCCAUUUUUGGCGGAAGGGAUCCGGAUUCAUGGAGACAAGGUCACGGAAGCGCUGAGGCCAUUUCACGAGAGAAUGGAAGCCUGCUUCAAACAGCUGAAGGAAAAGGUGGAAAAGCAGUAUGGCAUCCGGACCAUGCCCUCAACUCUGGACAACAGAAGAGGCAGCCGUCCCCGAUCCAUGGUCCGCUCCUUCACGAUGCCUUCAUCUUCCCGGCCCCUGUCGGUGGCCUCUGUCUCCUCCCUGUCGUCCGACAGCACCCCUUCAAGGCCAGGCUCCGAUGGGUUUGUUCUGGAGCCUCUCCUGCCAAAGAAAAUGCACUCCCGGUCCCAGGACAAGCUGGACAAGGAUGAUGUGGAGAAGGAGAAGAAGGAGAAGAAGAAGGAAAAGAGACACAGCAAACAUCAGGAGGCGGUGGAGAAGGAGUUCAGGCCGGCCGACAGCACCCUGCAGCAGGCUGAGGCCGUGAUUCUGUCAGAAACGAUCAGUCCCCUGCGGCCACAGAGACCCAAGAGCCAGGUCAUCAACAUCAUCGGAGGCGAACGGCGCUUUUCAGCCUCUCCAUCGCCACCAGCCUUACAGCAGACGCCCCCUCCAGUCACACCGAGGGCCAAGCUCAGCUUCAGCCUGCAGUCCAGUUUGGAGCUGAAUGGAAUGACUGGGAUGGAAAUGGCCAAUAUCCCACCCCCUCUGCCACUCAAAGGCAGCAUGGCAGAUUAUGGGAACUUAAUGGACACCCAGGACUUGGUGGGCUCGCCGACGCCUCCGCCCCCUCCUCCACACCAGAGGCAUCUGCCGCCUCCACUGCCCAGCAAAACCCCUCCGCCUCCGCCCCCAAAGACGACUCGCAAGCAGACCUCAGUGGACUCUGGGAUCGUGCAGUGA